GCGAAGAUCGGAGGGACGAGAGUCGAAUUAUCGAAAAUUUCGACCUUCGUUCAUUACGAACUUACAUACAAUAAUUGUGGUGAUGACAAGUCGACUGCACUUUCUUUUGUUGACUAUAUAUCGUCACACUGAUGCAAUCUAAACAAAUUAUGACUAGCAGAUUCACGUGAUCCAAUCCUGGAAUUAUUGCAAUUCUCAUGAUUAUGAAACAGAAUUUUUUCACAGCGGUAUUUGAAAAUUGGCAAGUUCACGAAACUUGGCUGUACGUGCGCACAUCGUCUAGAAUUUUGGCGAAACUCCGCGAACGCACGCAAGGUUGUCGAUAGUCUUUGCGAUGUAUCGAUGCGACGUCAUUGCCUGACGAUGACGCUCGAGUGAUAAUUCUCAAUUGAAAAAUGGCCGCCUAAUAGCUUUCCGUAUUACUCAGUGCAGUUAAAAUGUGUUUUUCUACGAUGGAAUCGCUUCAAAUUUUCGUACAUACAAGUCAAGAAGUUUGGACUGAAUUUGAUAAGGGUAAUUUUGAAUACAAGAGAGGAAAUUACUGCUGCGGAUAUCUGAGAAGUCAGGGUUCAUACGGUAACCAAGAUAUACAUCGAGAUUUAUAUCAUUGUCAGGCGGCGGAGAGACGUCCUUGUAAAACGAGACGAUAAAAAAUACAUAAGGCAGCGAAAUGAUUACGGAAAAUACGCUGACGGAAACGAAGCGGAAAUUAGACGACGUUUCUAUGGGUUUAUCUAAGGAUUCCUACGAUAAAUUAUAUGUUUCGGAUACGGUGGCCAAUGAGCGACCCACGUUUUUGGGCUCGGAAAAUUAUCUGAGACUACCAACAGCGCUUGAAAAAAAUUUGAGAUAUCGAGAAUACGGUAAUUUCACUGCCUUAUUACCCACCUGUCGAAUCGGCAUGUCGCUCCUCAUGGAAGUUCCACGAAAAAUCAUUCGCGGGGUCUCAGGUUUGCUCGAUUUUCAACCUCAAUCCCUGGACUCUGAAAUACCAGCCAAAAGGCCAUACUCACCCAAGGUGCACUGUAACAAACAAAUGCCCAUGGAUGUUGCAAGGGGGCGAGGCAGGGGUCGGGGUAGAUCCCAGCUUCGUCGUUCUGGCGUUAGUCAGUCGAGACACAGACAGGAGCAAAUGCGGCAGAGAUUGUCCGCCGACAUUCAGGAUGAUCUCAAAGAAUUCAGAGACCUCAAGGAUUGUGAAAACGAUAAAGAGCUACCGAGUACCCCAUGUAUCGAUGAAAAUGGAAGGCUGCUUCGCUAUGGAGUCAAUGGUGCAGAGGUCGACACUGGCGCUUCGCAAUUUCCAUUCAACUUUGGGUAUUGUGAUAUGAAACGGAGAAAACGGAAGCAACAACAUAGAAACCGUAACCAAGAUCUGAUCUCUACUAAUUGUAAGGUCAGAUACAUACCUGAAUGUUCGAUAGACGUUACAGCCUGUGCUUAUGCUGACAAAAAUGAAGAGACUGAAUCAGAGAUGAACAUUAACAGAAGGAGGCUUCAUUCCGACAGAUCCGUCGACUCCGAGGAUAGUUGUUACAUUGUUUUUGAAAAUAGUUCAGAUUCCGAAUACGAUUAUACUACCACUGACGACGAGGAUGAGGAUGAGGAUAAUAAUUGCGACCUUGGAAAUCCUAGAUCAAAAUUAAAGCAGGUACGGUUUUCGCAACACCCCAUAAUUCAUACGAUGAUCGCAUGGGAUUAUGCAUAUCGAGCUGCUCGGAAAGGUCCAUGGGAAGCAAUGGUUCGUGACAGAGCAAGGUUUAAGGACCUGAUCAACAAAAUGUCCCAAAUACUGGAUCCAAUUUUAGCACCUCAGCAUCGCAGUGAAAUUUGGCAGCACCGUUUUGCAGAUGAUCUGUAACAGUGGCAUCGACUGUCGUGUAAAUUAUUAAGAUUUCAUAAACAGCAAGCUAUAGGAUAGAAGAUAGGUAUUCACUCAACAGAACAUUUUCUUUGGUUAUUGUUCUUUCUCUCGAUACCUUCCUGCUAUUUCGAAUGUUGUAAUGUCUGAAGGAAGGGAUGAUAUUCAAGAGCAUUUCAAAUUGCCAAUGAAUUAGCUUUUCAAUCAUUCAGAUUGUCUCCCAAAUUAUAUACUCAUCUUUUAACCAAGAUGUACUUCAUGUACAAAUUUGAGCCAAGGUUUUGCGUUUAUCAUACAUACGAUAAACCCUGGUUCACAGUUCCCUGAGUAAUUAACUUUCUUUAUUGUAUAACGGUAUUGCUGCCAGACACAACAAACCUUAUCGAAUUAUUAUGUGUAUUAAAAAACAAAAUUCAGUUGAGCUCCAAUUUUCUCUUAUAACUUUGAAUUUGAUUUUACUUGAUUAGUACAAAAAGUUUCAUCAAUUUGAAAUGAAGCUGCUUUUGUCCAAUUCACUUCGAAACGAUACCAAUUUUAUUUUGAAAGGUUCCGUUUCUCAUGAUCAGAAAAUUGGGUUCUCCAAUAAUAAGAAGAGCACAAACGAAUUUGAAUCUUAUAUUAUGUAAGUUCGGAAGACCAUGUUGAUGAACUUCAAUCUA